CCAUGUUCGAUGAAAGCUUGCAAACUAUUCUAGCGAAAAGCUGUGUUUUUGGGCUCCGUCGUCAAAAAGAAUAUUUCUGCAUUCAGAAUCAUUUAAAUCGUUUAUAUAAAUAGUAAUUCUGUUCCUUAGUGCCGGUUUUACUAGUGUUUAGCAAAAGAUAGAAGCUGACAGCGGAAAAAUCGAGAUGACUGAUGAAAGUUUACUGAACGAUUCCAAUCUUGGAAUUCUUGGCUCAAAUGACGACGACUCAGAGCUAAUCGUUGAGGAUGAUUAUCUCAAAGGUGCUGAAAUGCAAAUAGAUCCCGAAUUGGAAGCUAUCAAGGCCCGCGUGAAAGAAAUGGAAGAGGAAGCAGAAAAACUUAAACAACUUCAGUCAGAAGUUACCAAGCAGAUGACACUAGGGUCCCCCACCGGAGUUGCACCAAUUCUGACUGCUGAAGAAAAGGCAGAAAUUGAUAACCGUUCAAUAUACGUUGGAAAUGUCGAUUAUGGGGCCACAGCGGAGGAACUAGAGGCUCAUUUUCAUGGCUGUGGGACAAUUAAUCGGGUUACGAUUCUAUGUAACAAAGUCGAUGGACAUCCAAAAGGCUUCGCGUACAUCGAAUUUGGCUCGAAAGAGUUUGUAGAGACUGCGCUGGCGAUGAAUGAAACGCUUUUCCGUGGGCGACAGAUAAAGGUCAACCCUAAGCGUACGAAUCGUCCUGGGAUGUGUGUCACUAACCGGUUUCCCCGUGGUUUACGAGGACGAACCUCUAGGAUCUCGCGAGCAUGCUGCUACGGAGGUCACCGAGGAACUCGACGGCCAGCCCGUGGAUACCGAGGAAGAGCCUUCUACGCGCCGUACUAGGAAUCAGUUGUGUCUCAACCCGGAUGAUAAGCUCGACCGUUUUUAAAACAAGAUUUACUUGUUUUUUUAAAGUUCAAUUGUAGCCGAUAAGACUACAAAUUAUUCGUGGUAUUAUGAUUAUUUCAAAAAAAUGUCAAUAUAAAAUCAUUUCAAAAAACAUUAUUUGUCUUCAAAUGAUCUAUUAUUAAGAACCACUACGCCGCUUAUUUGCAAAAUAUUGUGAAUGCUGAAUUUCCCAGAAAACCGAUCGCAAAAGCCAUUGUCAUUGGCAUAAAUAAUGUUUUUUGAACCCGUUCAAAAAAGGAAAAACAAAUAUUUAUUGCCACAACUUAAAAAAGAUACACACAAAAAAGCCACCAGCAAAAGAUGCGGAUCAAAAAAAAAAAAUAAAAAUAAAAAAUAGGCGGCACAAAAAGAUGGCAAAAACUAAAAAAAUAAGCGCGUAAAAAAUGGGAAAAAUAUGCGAUCCGCCACUUUCGCUGUAUGAGAAGAUGAAUGAAGACAUGUUUUUUGAAAAAAGAGUAAUGAAACAUCUGGAGAAAAGAGGACACGGAGAGCCCACCACGAAAAAAGGAGCAACUAUAAAAAAAUAUUUGAAGAAGAAAUACAAAAAAACGAAGAAAGUUUUAAUCAUGAAAGAUAAAAUAAUAAGAAUCCAAACUUAUAUUGAAGAGAAAAAAUGAGUUCAAUAUUGUAUUGUAGCGAUGUAUCACUACCAAUGCCAAUAAAACUAAACUUACGCUAGCACUAGCAGCACAUCGUAUCGUCAUCAUCUUUUUCAAUUAAUAUCACGUUCACGUGGAAACGUCAUUCGAUCUAGUUCAACUACCAUCUGAACGAUUUGUGCAUUCUAA